AUGCUUUCAGCCUGCAAUCCUAUCACACUCGCUACAAGCGUAUUACCUGGUUUACUCCCCGCCAUUUCGGCAUCAGCGUCUGGAAACCAACCCAACAUAUUAAAUGCAACGAUGACAGUCAGUUCAGCUGCGCCUACCAUCUCAUCAGCUCCCUCUGCUUCCUCUUCCAUUCACUCAACCACUUCCGUUACUAUGCCACCUCCUCCAGCUUCUUUCAUUCUUCCGUCUGGUCCUGCUGGCGGGAAUGGCCAUCUUCGCCAUCAACAUCAGCCUCGGCCCCAUCAAUCCAACUCGAAGACUGGUAUUGAUCUAUCAGCCACUCCAUCAUCCUUUCCGUCUCGAGAAUCGGUCACUGAACCAUUAUCAUCUACUCUGAUUUCACACCUUCCUUCUCAAGCAUCGUCAUCUUCCUUAGUCGAUGCUGUGGUCUCUACUGCUUUCCUUACUAGCAGUGGUAGUGGUUCUACUUUGUCACGUCGCCGAUGUCCUCCACUUCCUGAUACAACCGCUAUUACGACGGUAUCAUCCGCUUCUAUAGGCCCAUCCUCUAAAUCAGCACCCUUUACUUUUAUCACAUCUAACUCAGGCUUCGAAGGCUAUAUGCCUACCGCUAACUCUGUUCCGGGUGCGCUCACUUCAACUAAUAUCGCUAUACUCGACUCUAAGACAGCACUACCAUUCAUUACUACUUCUGUUUCCACCACUUCUAUUACUACUUACACUUCUAGUAAUACUUCAUUAGGAUUACCUACGAGUGGAAGCGGUAAUGUGUUCAGCUCUUCAGGUCCAGCUAAAACGAGAGUUGGGCUUUUUCGGUCUGGAGUCAGUUCAAUCCAUCGGCCUGAUGGCCUUAGUGGUCGAACAGCAGUCAUAUCUGGGCCUGUUUUUGGCAGUCUAGUAUCUAGUGGACGAGCCCCACAUCUUACGAGUAGCAAUAGCCGCGCCAAUACCGGCCCUAGCCCAACCAGUAACAGUAAUGGUGGUAGCAGCAGCCAUCAUCUUGAAAUCGGCCUCUAG